AUGUCAUUAUCUUCUUCAUUUUCAACUCCUUGUUUUUACAUCCUCUUUGUCUUGUGCUCUGUAAGAUUAGGAUUCAAAUGUGGGGGACAGUUGAAUACCCCAACUGGUGUGAUCACAUCCCCGAAUUACCCCAAUCGGUACCCCCACAGCCGGUCCUGUACUUGGGAUAUCACUGUUCCUGAGGGUAGGAGGGUCACACUGACAUUCAGCGAUCUACGACUGGAAGCGCCUUCAUCAGAUUUAUGUAAAUCAGAUUAUGUUGAAGUUUUUGAUGAGCUCUACGGCACCCUUGUCAGCUUAGGGCGUUGGUGUCACAAUAUCGAACCUCCAGAUCUAAGGUCAACCUCCAACAGAAUGGUUGUUGUAUUCCGGUCUGAUGCAACAACAAAUGGUAAUGGAUUUUCUGCCAGAUGGGAUGUUGUCAUUCCGGAGCAUACAUUUCAGUAG